GUGUGUGUGUGUGUGUGUGUGUGUGUGUGUGUGUGUGUGUGUGUGUGUGUGUGUGAUCUCAGUGCUAUGUCUCCGUCCUGGGUGCGCUCUAAUAAUAGAGGAGGCUGCCUGCUCCUUUAAGAGCCUACUUGUUGCAUACUCUACAAAAUAUAUAGGAAAAAAUGGUGAUCAAAGUCUUCCUCGCCUCUUCAUCGGGAUCCACUGCGAUCAAAAAGAAGCAGCAAGAUGUGGUCGCCUUCCUGGAGGCUCUUAAAGUGGACUACGCUCAGCUGGACAUCGCCUGCAACGAGGAGAACCGCAUGUGGAUGAGGCAGAAUGUCCCUGAGGAGAAGAAGCCCGCCAACGGCAUCCCCCUCCCCCCUCAGAUCUUCAAUGAAGAGAGCUACUGCGGGGACUAUGACACAUUCUUCGAUGCCAAGGAAGACAACUCAGUGUAUGCCUUCCUGGGGCUGCCACCUCCUCCUGGGUCAAAGGAAGCAGAGCAGGCCGACAAGGCGCACAUUGUGGAGAACGGGACCCAUGCCGAAGAAACUAAUGCAGAGGGAAACCUUGAUGACUCAAUAGAGGUUCCAGUGGAGAAGUGUAACGGGGAUGCACACGGCGAAGAGGGGGAGGAGGAGGGGGAGGUAGCAGAAGGAGAGACUGCAGAUGAUGAAGCCAUGGAGGAAGAAACAGCAGGAGACAAGGCCCCUGCAGAGGAGGAGGCGGCGGUGGAAGAAACAGACGAGGCCCAUGCAGAGGAGGAAGAAGAACAGGAAGAAGCUGAUGAUGACAGGGAGGAAGAGGAUUUGCAGUCAGAGGAGGAAGAAGAGCUACGACAGCUUGAGGAAGAAGAAGAGGCUGAAGUACAAGAGGAAGAAGAAGAGGAAGACGUGGAAGAAACACAGGAGGAAGAGGCUGAGUAGAUAAAGCCGGGUGACGUGGAUGAUGUUAACUUACUACUGUCCAGCCUGAAGGAGCCUCCUGUUCUGUCCCUCCCUGACCCAUGACGCUUGACCCACUCAGACCCCCUCAGACAGCCCCUCCCAACCCCCUCCCCAAGGCCGUACUGGACCCCACUGGAAAACCAUCGGUCAUGUGCUUGAAGGCGCCAUCCAAACUGAGAAGUCCUAACCCACAUUUGCAGCCCCCGUCCCUUUUGACUGCAAUGUUGACUUAAUUUUUAUAUUUUGCCUGUAGAGUCAUACUGUAAUGAAAAUGUGCAGAGUAGCCUAGUGGUGUCAGGUUGUUUUUAAUGAGUAGCUUUUGUAAAAUGCACCGACAGUUAUUUUGUUAAAAUCAAACAUAUUUCUCAUGUUUUACUUUUAGAAAUUCUAGUUUUCUAACACGAGGAGGCAGUGACCUUUUCAAUACCUGAGCUUGUGUCUUUUGGCUUUUAGAUUCAAAGGUUAAAACUCGCUCUCUAGUAAGUGUUCUGUACUUUUAUUACAAUACAGUGCCUUGAUGACUCCCUCUAUCAACUGAAUGUACAGUAUGAAUGCAAAGUGAGACUUCUAAGGGCCACAU